UAUGGCUUCAAUGUAUUCCAAGUCUUAUGGUUUAGCUCUGGUGUCCAAACCAAAUUCUCUUUUUGCUCCUAAUUUGACCAAAGUUCAAGUCAAGAAGUUUUCAAAGAGCCAGUCUAACCAACCAGGAGUUAUAACUAAUGGGCCUAGUAAUAGUAUCAUUACUAACUACUAUGUUAAUAGUAUUUACCAUCUAACGGCAGUUUUUCGACCUUCAUUAGUGCAGAAGAAUUGCUUUCACGCCGGUUCGACAUUUGAAGCGCCAAAACGAGCCGGAUUUUUUGGAAAACUUUACGAAUCGGUCAGACAAGAGUUUGAACAGAAUAAAGAAGUGAUAGAUUCAAUUAAAAAGUUCUGAGAAGAGACGAAUAAAUUAGACGAAUCAGAUGCGUUACAAAUUGCGAGAAAAAAGUAUCAGGUUUUCGAAGACGAAACAAGCGAAAAGGGUAAAAUUUUCAAAGAAAAACUAUCAGAUGUUUCUGGGAAACUUAAAGAAGGAAUCGACGAACUCAAAAAAUCUGAAAUAGGUAAACAGACUUCAGAUGUGUUUGAAAAUGUGGGAAAAAGUGUCAAAACAGCAGGAGAAACUAUUUCGAAAAGCGGCAAAGUCAUCACAGAAAGUGAAGCUUUUCAGACAAUUUCGAACGCUUCUGAAAUGGUAAAGCAAAAUAUAGACGAAGAAUAAGCGAGAGCUAGAGUAUACAGCAGUCCAAAGGUGUUAAAGAGAAGGUCAGAUUUCAGAAUGUUUUCAACAAAAGCAGCCAAAGAGUUCGACCCUGAAACUCAUGAUUUAAAUGAAAGCGAACUACGAAUGGAGCUUCACAGAGAUGCAAAAUGGUAUGCUACGUGGGAAAAUUUCAAAGACACAAACCCUGUGUUCAAUAAAAUGUUCGAUCUUAAGAAUCAGUAUCAGGAAUCGGAAAAUCCGGUAGUCGCUGGAACACGUUUUGUAUCCGACAAAGUUUUUCGUUUUAUUGGGGGUGUUUUUGCUGCCAACGCUACAAGUGAAGUUAUGAGUGAAAUCAGAAAAGUGGAUCCUAACUUUACGAUUACGAGGUUUAAUGACGUCUGUCAUAAAAUCAUUUUUCCUCAUCUUGUCGAGGCGCUUUUUAGGAGCCAGUUUGACCUUCUAGAAGACUGGUGCACUGCGCCUGCGUAUGAUAAACUUCGAGCACAGGGUUACAAAUUCGAGUCUUGCAUUAUGGACGUUGGAGAACCAGAUAUAGAAACGGCAGUUAUGGAACAGUCAAUGCCAGUGUUAGUUUCGAGAUUCAACGUAAAAGCUAUUUGUACAAUUAAAGACAGUUUUGGUAAAGUUAUUACACUACCUGAAGAAACAACUUUGAUCGGAGGCGCCGAAGAAGGAGAAGUAUAUCAAUACAUGUGGUUCGUAGCUUUGACUCGUGAUAUGGAAGAUAUUGAUCCGAUUUCUUCGUGGCGAAUAGGCGAUGUUGAAAUUAGGAAAUCAAAAAUGGCAUUUUAUCUUGAACUUUCUUGCUGUAGUUCAGAUUUAUCCAAAAAAAAAUUUGUUCACAGAAUGCUGAAUUUUAUAGGAAUGGUAAAUUUCAAGAUAUGUCGCCAAAACUUAUGGAUUCAAUACAGAUCCUACAGCACGGUUCGACACGCGCAGCCAGCAGGAUACAAAAAUUCGCUGAGCAUCUGGCAGAACGCAAGGGCGGAACCGCCAAUGGAAUGGACAAAAUGGACAGCCAUGAUGGAGAUGGCCAUCCUGGCUAAAGACGGGGCUGAUGGCCAGAGGCAGCUACACUCAAUGUCCACUAAAGAGUUGAUCCAGAUACUGGAAGACAUUGUAGUCACAACGCGGAUAAUUGCCUUCGAAAGAACUGCCUGUCCUUACGAGAGCGCCAACUUGUUGUGGCAUUUGUUCGGAGCGGGAUUCAACCUCAGUUCUUACUGA